GACAGUCUGAUCGUGAACAUUUCUCAAUUUUCUCAUUAGUUGAUUGGCAAAAUACUUCAAAUCAAAUUAGGAAAUUUAAUUUUUUCACUGUUAUUUCAAAUGGAAUAGUUAUAUACAUUUCAUGUUAUAAAAAUUUUGAAAAACAUAACUAUCACACAUAACCAAUGUAAAUUAUUAAAUAAAUUCUGCGGUUAAUUAAUAAUUAAGUGCUAUCAGGGCUCCCUUAUCAAAGGUCUUAGCACAAAGGUUAGUAGUGAUUUCACAGAAAGAUGGGAAAUAAGUCGUCUUUGUUGUUGAGAGAGGAGGAAAUUGCACAAAUACAGGAAGAAACCGGGUUCACACCUAAUCAAAUAGAACGCCUUUAUUCCCGAUUCACAUCACUAGACAAAAAUGACUGCGGAACAUUAUCUCGUGAGGACUUCCUGAGAAUUCCAGAGUUAGCAAUCAAUCCACUAAGCGAGAGAAUUGUGCAAUCAUUCUUUGCCGAAAGCCACGAUGAUAGAGUUAACUUCCUGCAGUUCAUGAGAGUUCUUGCACACUUUAGGCCCAUCAAGAAGAAUAGGGAAAAUAAACUCAAUUGCAGAGAAGAAAAAUUGAGGUUUGCAUUUUCUAUGUAUGAUCUGGAUAGUGAUGGUAAAAUAUCCAGAGAUGAACUCCUCGCUAUACUGCACAUGAUGGUUGGAGCCAAUAUUAGUGAGGAACAGCUGACGAGUAUUGCUGAACGAACAAUCAUUGAAGCAGACACUAACAAUGACCAAAUGAUAUCCUUUGAGGAGUUCUGCCGGGCUCUCGAGAGGACCGAUGUGGAACAAAAGAUGUCCAUUCGAUUCCUCAAUUGACCUCCAAACUCUUGAACCGCGUACAUCAAGUACAUUCUGACAAUUGUACUAAUAGUCAUUGUCUAUGGGCUCUACAAGAAAAAAUGAACAAUUUAUGCAAAACUUGUACAUAUUUACUGAACUUAUCGUGAAGGGUUAACUAGUUAGAUACUUAUCAUGGGGGCAGCGUAUUUAUUUUCUUUUUUUUUAUUAAGUUAAGAUUCAUAGCAUGGUUGUUUUUUCUAUUAAAUUAAUUAAAAGAUAAACUGCACGAUAAAAGGAAUUAAUAGAUAUCCAAUUUUAAAAACUUUCAUCCUUGAGUUAACAUGUUCCGUGCCGAACAAUUUACACGUGAAUUGUUAUUCAGGCAGUUUCAUAUAUUAACUAAAUAUUGUUAUAUUACACCACAAAAUUAUUAAUUAUUUUUUAUUUCACAGUUGAACAAACAAGUUUUUUGCAUUGCAUUGUGAUGAAUAUUAUUUGUUGUUUUUAAUAUA